AACAUCUUCUCCCCUCCUUCAGAGGCAUAAAAUUAUUCGCUGCGGAAGCUCCUCACUCGAUCCCGAAUUCCCUAAGAAAGGAGAGACUGAAAGAGCGAGCUCCUUCUCUACUCGACUAAAAAAAAUAAAAAUUUAGGGUUAGGGCCGUGGAAUCGAUGUCCGGCCUGAAUCGAUCUAGUAGCGUUCCGUUUAAGAACGGCGGUCUUCCUCCACAGGAACUCCUCGACGAUCUCUGCAGUAGGCUUGUUCUAAAUGUGCCAAAAGAAGACCAGCAAUCGUUCGAGAGAAUUCUAUUUCUGGUCGAGAACGCGCAUUGGUUCUAUGAAGAUAAUUCUGUCGAGAAAAAUCCCUCAUUAAAGUCCUUCACCUUGAAGGAAUUCACUUCUUUAAUGUUUAAAAGUUGUGAUGUUUUAAGACCGUAUGUUGCUCAUAUUGAUGAUAUUUUUAAGGAUUUUACUUCUUACAAAGUUAAAGUUCCGGUGACCGGUGCGAUUAUUUUGGAUGAGACUUUUGAACGGUGCUUGCUAGUGAAGGGAUGGAAAGGGACGAGCUGGAGUUUCCCAAGGGGAAAAAAGAACAAAGAUGAGGAAGACCAUGCUUGUGCUAUCCGAGAAGUGCUGGAGGAAACUGGCUUUGAUGUUUCAAAUCUUCUUAACAAAGAUGACUACAUUGAAGAGAUGUUUGGACAGCAGAGGGUGCGGCUUUACAUAAUUGCUGGUGUGAAGUAUGAUACUGCCUUUGCACCUCUUACAAAAAAGGAGAUCAGUGAAAUUGCAUGGCAGCGGCUUGAUGAACUUCAGCCAGCAAGUGACGAAGUAAUAUCUCGCAGCAUCACUGGCCUCAAGCUUUACAUGGUUGCUCCGUUUUUAGCGUCUUUGAAAUCGUGGAUUUUGUCACACCAGCCCCCUGCAGCCCCAAGACCUGAUAUGCCUCUCAAAGCUACGUGUGUGUGGAAAGCGAAGAACACUUCUUUAGGGAGCGGCACAGUGAUAACAGAGAGCCAUUUAACUAAGCCUGUAUUUGAUGCUCAUCCUCUUGACAUGGGCCCUGGCAAGAGCUUCAGAAAUUUUAGAUUUGAUACUGCUGCAAUCUUGCAAGUGAUGGAGUCUGGGUUUUCUGCUUAACUUUCCAAACUCCUUUUCUUCUGUUUUUGUAAAUGCUCUAUAUGCUCACAUAGCUGGUUAGCAUUUCUUUUGUAACCAAAACGUCAUCAUCAGUCACCUCCAUGCCAACUUGUUAGCUGUACCCGAUGUAUAUUGUUCGUGUCAGAAUUCCAGGUUUGGGUUUUAUGAAUAUCCUUUACAGAA